AUGGAUUGCAAAAAAUUUGUUGUUUUUAUCUUGCUGCUUGCUGCAAUAACAAUAGUACUGUCCAAGCCAAACGGUGACUCAAUUAAAGAGCGACACAAUGAAUUUAGCUCAGUACAAUGUACCCCACCAAAGGAAGAUGGCUUAGGGAAGCUCCAUCAUCUAUUUCUUCGGGAUGGGGAGAUUUGGAGAUGUGUCGAUGACUCUGGGUCAAAUAAUUGCAAAGAGGUUGGUUUGUUUCCCAACGAAAUCGAAGACUGUGAGAGAUGUUGCAGUAACGCAAUAACAUCGACAAGGUCCCCCGACUCUAGAACAUGGCCAACCGAAGAAAUCAAAGCACGUUUGUCCACCAAGAAACUGCCAACUGGUAACCUGAUGCCAAAACCUGAAAAAACUGGUAGAACAACAAAAAAACAUCUCUUCAUUGGAUUUCUUUAUGGUGGAGUCCCAAUCAUAGUAGUGGUUAUUGGUGCUAUUGGGCUUGCAUGGAAAUGCUGCCAAAAAAGUCAAGAUACAGAAUCUGAAAAUGCACAAAAUGCUGAAAAAAUGCCAACAAAGAAAAUGUAUGUUGGAAUUCCCAAACCACUUAUUUCAGAGGAAAAGGGUUCCAAUGAACAAUGGGUGUAAGAAGACAACAUACUUCCAUAUGAAGAUUGACUUAUGUAGCACCAACAGACCUAUUUUAGGUGGAUGUACAUUUGUAUAAAUUUCUUAUUUAUUUAAGUUUUUUGUUUUUGUGAAGCUUUUAUACACCUGGCAAAUAUUUUGUAAUGUUAUAGCGGGCUACUACUUUGAUCAUGCUUAAGAACAGUGCUUCCUCUUUCUUCCUAAGCUUGAAUCACAGUCUCUGUCAUUCCAUAUAGUCUUAAGAACGUGGGCUAAGUUGAUUAAAAAAAAUAAACAUUUUUGGAUACAGGUAUUCAAGAAACUGAUAACAAAGGAGCACUGACAACUGUUAAAACUCAUAGUGUUUUUAUAUAUGAUAUAUAAUUGUUCCAAAAAGGUUUCCCACAAUUUAUCUAAAGCUGAGAACAUAUCCUAGGGAUAUGCAAGAACACAGAAAAACAUAUAAUUUUUAUAGAUCCUUAAAACUAAUAUCAAAAAGCUUGAUAUUACCCCCUUUGAUAUUGGAUGUUUUUCCUUCUCAUUUUACGAUCUUUACAUUAUAUGAACCUUUUUAAAUAUCAGAAGAUUUUAUAACUGGCUAUCCCCAAUUUUUAACUCCAUAAGAAUAAAAGUGAGUGUUGCUAUGGAAACUAAGCACUGAAACAUCAUUGAAGUCAACCCACUCUCAAUACAUCUCGCCAUGUAUGCAUCACCAAUUAUGUUCUUCUGUGUCUAAAAAAGAAAGCCAGUGAUUAGAUCAUUUGGCCUGAAGGUUAACUUAGAACUGUGAAACAGAAGUAUAUUAUGCCACUGUAGAUUUAGUUAACAAAUUUGUCAAUUUAAAUUGCUUAAAUCUGUGAAAUUUUGAAGUAAACAUUUGCAUUCAAAUUAUAUGGAAAAUAAUGUAAAAAAUAUUUUUAGGUGUUUUAACAAAUUGUUGCUAAAAUACAUUUUUAGAAAAAUGAAA